UAAAUUCAAUAACCACCCAUUUCAGAUUAACCUCGUAACAGUGUUACCUAUCCAACAUUACACCCAAUCUCCCUUAAGCCAUUCAUUCAAUAACAGAAACACUCAAAACUCGAAUUAAUUAGAUCUCAACUAAACCUAUCUAAAUAUUAAACCGACAUUGUAAUAAAAAUCCCACAAAAAUUUAAAAUCCGAUUCAAAUGACCCAAUCGCCCUAUCUAAUGAUAGGUAUGCUGUAUGCAUAUGUAUACAUGUAUAUUUAAUCUUUCAAUUAGUGAAUCACCUUGACUUUUACCCCAAAACAAAAUCAAAAACAAAUUUUUAAACCUAAACAAAAACUAACAAAAAAAUUAAGGAAAUUUUGUUUUAAAAAAAAAAAAAAGACAAAGAGUGGACAAUCUUACCGUCGGUGCUGACUGUUGCCUCCUUCCUUCCUCCCUCUUUCUCUUUCUCUCUCUUCUUUCUCUCUCUUACACCCCACCACGUUUCCCUCAAAUCCCAUAAUUUUUCACUCCAUUUUCAAACUUUCUCAAAUACCCAUUUCUCCAUUACUUUCUUACAACUUUCCCUCUCUUCAUUUCCCACUUCCUCUCUCCUCAAAGAUUCCACCUUUUUCCAAUCAUGGGUCAAGAGGGCUUCACCGCCCAGAAACGGGCUACCGGCGGCGGUGGUACUCUUCCGACCACCACACUCUCCUCCUUCAGCGGCGGCGGUAACCGGUCAAGGGUGUUACCCCGUGGCCGGCAAAUCGCCAAAACAAUGAAUAACAUCAAGAUCACUAUUUUAUGUGGGUUUGUGACCAUCUUGGUCCUUCGAGGCACCAUAGGGCUGAAUCUCGGUACAUCGAAAGUCGAUGCGGAGAGACAACAUCUUGAAGAGGAAGCGAGGCGGGUGAUCGAGGAGAUUCGAUCCGAUGGGGCGGAACCAGAUGAUGAGCCUGAUAUGAACCCUAAUACUACUACUUUCAGUUUUGGGCCGAAGAUUGGAAAUUGGGAUCAACAGAGAAAAGAAUGGCUUGAAUUGAAUAAGGAAUACCCGAAUUUUGUCAAGGGAAAACCUCGGAUUUUGCUGGUAAGUGGGUCACCUCCUAAUCCUUGUGAUAACCCAAUUGGGGAUCAUUAUUUGCUUAAGAGUAUUAAGAAUAAGAUUGAUUAUUGUCGACUUCAUGGGAUUGAAAUUGUGUAUAAUAUGGCUCAUUUGGAUAAAGAUCUUUCUGGGUAUUGGUCAAAAUUGCCAUUGAUUAGGAGGUUGAUGUUAUCGCAUCCUGAAAUUGAGUGGAUUUGGUGGAUGGAUAGUGAUGCAUUGUUUACUGAUAUGGUUUUUGAGAUUCCUGUUAGUAAGUAUGAGAAUCAUAAUUUGGUUAUUCAUGGAUAUCCUGAUUUGUUAGAGAAGAAAUCUUGGAUUGCUUUGAAUACUGGAAGUGUUUUGUUUAGGAAUUGUCAGUGGACUUUGGAUUUGAUGGAUACUUGGGCUCCUAUGGGUCCUAAAGGGCCUACUAGAAAUGAAGCAGGUAAGGUAGUCACUGCUUUUUUGAGUGGGAGGCCGUCUUUCGAGGCUGAUGAUCAAUCGGCUUUGAUCUAUUUGUUGAUCUCUCAGAAGGAUGUUUGGAUGAAUAAGGUGUUUGUGGAGAAUUCGUACUAUUUGCACGGGUUUUGGACCGGAUUGGUGGAUAAGUAUGAGGAGAUGGUGGAGAAGUAUCACCCGGGUUUGGGUGAUGAGAGGUGGCCGUUUGUGACCCAUUUCGUGGGUUGUAAACCUUGUGGGAGUUACGCGGAUUAUCCUGUGGAGAAGUGUUUGAAGAGUAUGGAGAGAGCAUUCAAUUUUGCAGAUAAUCAGGUGUUGAAGUUGUAUGGUUUUAGGCAUAGGGGUUUGUUGAGUCCCAACAUCAAGAGGAUGAGGAACGAGACGACCACACCUUUGGUGUAUGUAGAUCAGUUUGACAUUCGACAUGGUGGAUCAAAGUCAUGAGAUCAUACAAGGUUUUAACCACAAGGGUAAUACUGUAUAAGCUAACCUUAUUGGUUCUGCUGAUUGUAACAUGAUUAGAGUGGUCAUGUAUGAGGCUAUUCUUUUCUGUUUUACUUGUUAAGCUCACACAUCUCUCCAGGAUUCCGAAGAGCCCUUUACAAAACAGAAGAAAGUUUUGUGAUUACAGAGUUACAGACCAUGUUCUGCUCUCUGUCUGGGAUAUGUGGAAGGGAAAAUCCAUGGUUUUGACUCGAAAUCAAUAUUUAUUCUUAGUUUCUUAUUCUUUACUCAAAUUGUAUUCAUAUGUCAUGAAACGAAACAUUUUGUCACACAUUCUUGUAGUCUGUUUAUUACAUUUUCAGGAAACAAAUUUAUGACUUACAGUACUUGUUACUUUACUGGGUUUAUGACUUGCUGUUUUCUUUUUUCUUUACUGGGUUUGCAAUGUAUUGGUAGAAACAAUUGCUUCCAUUGGGAACUAUGACCAGCAUUAAUCAUUUGGUGUCGGGAAUUACUAUGCAA